GUUUCUAAUCACCGCUGCUCCCUCAAGCGCCUUUGACAGGCACAAUUCAACUCGGGGACUUCGUUUGCCAACUCAGUGGCGGCGGGGUACGAUUCAAACUCUUUCCUCUAAGGACAUUACCACUACAACACCGCCAAGAUGGUCAACUUCACCGUCGAGGAGAUCCGUGGGCUCAUGGAUGACCCAAAGAACAUCCGUAACAUGUCCGUCAUUGCCCACGUCGAUCACGGAAAGUCCACCCUCACCGAUUCGCUCGUCCAGCGUGCCGGUAUUAUUUCAGCCAAGAACGCCGGUUCUGCUCGAUUCACAGAUACCCGUGCCGAUGAGCAGGAACGUGGUGUCACAAUCAAGUCAACAGCUAUCUCGCUGUAUGGCUCCCUCUCCGAUGUUGAGGAUCUCAAGGACAUCACCAUCGCCACCGACAAGAGCGAGAAGAACGACUUCUUGAUCAACUUGAUCGAUUCGCCAGGUCACGUUGAUUUCUCAUCUGAAGUCACUGCUGCUCUCCGUGUCACCGAUGGUGCUCUCGUUGUCGUCGACACCAUUGAAGGUGUGUGCGUGCAGACCGAGACUGUGCUCCGACAGGCUCUUGGUGAGCGUAUCAAGCCAGUCGUCAUCAUCAACAAGGUCGACCGUGCGCUGCUCGAGCUGCAGCUCUCCAAGGAAGAUCUGUACCAGAACUUCUCUCGUGUCAUCGAGUCUGUUAACGUCGUUAUCGCCACAUACUUCGACAAGGCCCUCGGAGAUGUCCAGGUCUACCCACAGAAGGGAACGAUUGCCUUCGGUUCCGGUCUCCACGGCUGGGCCUUCACCAUCCGUCAAUUCGCCGUCAAGUACGCCAAGAAGUUUGGUGUUGACAAGAACAAGAUGAUGGACCGUCUUUGGGGAGACUCUUUCUUCAACGCAAAGACCAAGAAGUGGACCAAGAGCCCAGAAGGCGCCGAGCGUGCCUUCAACCAGUUCUGUUUGGACCCAAUCUUCAGAAUCUUCGACUCCAUCAUGAACUUCAAGAAGGAUGAGAUCCCAAAGCUUCUCGAGAAGCUGGAGGUCAAGCUCGUUGGUGACGAGAAGGAUCUUGAGGGCAAGGCCCUGCUCAAGGUCGUCAUGCGCAAGUUCUUGCCUGCCGCUGAUGCCCUCAUGGAGAUGAUGAUUCUCCACCUUCCAUCUCCAGCAACCGCCCAGCGCUACCGUAUGGAGACUCUCUACGAGGGUCCUCCAGAUGAUGCGUCUGCCAUCGGUAUCCGCGACUGUGACCCCAAGGGACCUCUCAUGUUGUACGUUUCCAAGAUGGUGCCGACCUCCGAUAAGGGUCGUUUCUACGCUUUCGGCCGUGUCUUCUCUGGUACCGCCCGCUCUGGUCUCAAGGUCCGCAUCCAAGGUCCAAACUACGUUCCAGGCAGCAAGUCCGACUUGUUCGUCAAGUCUAUCCAGCGUACCAUUCUCAUGAUGGGUCGCUACACUGACCCAAUCGAGGAUGUUCCAGCCGGUAACAUUCUUGGUCUGGUCGGUAUCGAUCAGUUCUUGCUCAAGUCUGGUACUCUCACCACCGACGAGACCUCGCACAACCUCAAGGUUAUGAAGUUCUCUGUCUCGCCUGUCGUGCAGCGAUCCGUCGAGGUCAAGAACGCCAACGAUCUGCCCAAGCUCGUCGAAGGUCUCAAGCGUCUGUCCAAGUCUGACCCAUGUGUCUUGACUUUCAUCUCCGAAUCCGGUGAGCACGUUGUUGCUGGUGCCGGUGAGUUGCACUUGGAGAUUUGCUUGAAGGAUCUCGAGGAGGACCACGCUGGUGUGCCACUCCGCAUCUCCGACCCAGUCGUCCAGUACCGUGAGACUGUUGGCGGUGAUUCUUCCAUGACUGCGCUCUCCAAGUCGCCCAACAAGCACAACCGUCUCUACGUCACUGCCACCCCAAUGGCCGAGGAGGUCGCCAAGGACAUUGAGUCAGGCAAGAUUGGCCCACGUGACGAUUUCAAGGCUCGUGCCCGUAUCCUCGCCGAUGACCACGGCUGGGACGUCACGGAUGCCCGUAAGAUUUGGUGCUUCGGUCCAGACACCAACGGCGCCAACUUGCUGGUUGACCAGACCAAGGCUGUGCAGUACUUGAACGAAAUCAAGGAUUCCGUCGUCUCUGGGUUCCAAUGGGCCACCAAGGAGGGUCCAGUCGCCGAAGAGCCAAUGCGAAACGUUCGCUUCAACAUCAUGGAUGUCACCCUCCACACCGAUGCCAUCCACCGUGGUGGUGGUCAAAUCAUCCCAACCGCGCGUCGUGUGCUCUACGCCGCCACCCUCUUGGCCGACCCAGGUCUUCUCGAGCCAGUCUUCUUGGUCGAGAUUCAAGUUCCAGAGCAGGCUAUGGGUGGUAUCUACGGUGUCCUCACCCGUAGGAGAGGUCACGUCUUCGAGGAGGCCCAGCGUCCUGGUACUCCUCUGUUCAACAUCAAGGCCUACCUGCCUGUCAACGAGUCCUUCGGUUUCAACGCAGAUCUCCGCUCCAACACCUCUGGCCAGGCUUUCCCACAAUCCGUGUUCGACCACUGGCAGAUCCUGCCUGGUGGAUCCGCGCUCGACCCAACCUCGCAACCCGGAAAGAUUGUCGAGGAUAUGCGAAAGCGCAAGGGUAUCAAGCCUCAAGUUCCAGGCUACGAGAACUACUACGACAAGUUGUAAACAGCAUGCCGAUCAGAGUGCUGUGUGGUUUGGAAUGGAGAAUACCCCGCGGAGAGCGGUUACGAGCAUUUGCGGGCGUCUUUGGCAGCGGCUGUGGAUGCAGACUCGCUGUACAUUGAGCAUGCCGCUAGAGAAGUGAUGAAUAGAUAUGCUUCCAGUGAUGAAAUGAUCAAAAACGGCUCGUGGAGAAUGACUCUCAUUUGUGUUUUCAGAGGUUGCUUUUGGUUGUCUUGUAGAUAGAGAACCAU